AUGCUCGUUUCACAUGUAAUACUGGCUUUAGGUGCCGUGCGCUUUGGCUCGGCACAUUUCAUUGUUCCUAAUGAUGACCAGGAUAUGUCUGGUCUUACCGUGAAUUCGAUCCCAGCAACGAAGCGAGUCGAGUAUAUGCAGAAGGUAAACAUACAGAAUACGCGUUCUAUUCCACCUUGCCCCUUUGCCGCAUUCGGAACCAUCAUCGUAAACCACACCAGCGAUGAAGUCGUCUGCGAGGGCGCAAACUUCCGGACCGGCGACCCUACAAUUCACGGAGAGAUCUCAGCCAUCAACGCAUGCACAGCUAAGUUCGCUGAACAGGGCAUGACGCCAACACAAAUCUAUGCCGCAUGGGGAGAGUUAUCAAUUUACACAAACGCUGAGUCGUGUCCGAUGUGCGCGAGUGCAAUUCGAUGGGCGGGUUUCAAAGAAUACGUCUAUGGCACAACAAUUCAGCACAACUACAACGUCGGCUGGGGUGUUAUGACUCUCAGUAGUUACGACGUUUUCCAGCAAUCUCGCCAGCUGCCUGGCUACCAAACGUCCAUGAUCGGACAGAUCCUCACAAACGAGACGGACCCUCUCUUCUCAUGGCAGUACAACGCAAGCGCGCCUUGCCCGAACGAUUGCUUUCGUGUCCCAAGCGCGACUCGAGGCGGAACUACCUGCUCCAAUGUUACUGUCUCUCGAAGAGACUAUGAGGCGCUGUAG